AUGACAGCAGCACCCCUAAGCAAGCCGAAAGAGACCUUUCAUUUCAUUAACGAGCCCGAGAAUGCUAUUCAUGAUGCCUUAACCGGCCUCACCCACCUCAACCCUUCUCUCUCCUACCACGCUGAAUACAAGAUUAUCUACCGUAACGACCUUACGAUUUUCAGCCGCGAUCAUGUAACAACCAUUGGCUUCGCUGGCGGUGGGCACGAGCCCAUGUUUGGCGGCUUCGUAGGGCACAAUUACCUCUCCUGCUAUGUUUCGGGCAACAUCUUUGCUUCGCCGACCGCCGCGCAGAUUCUCGAGGCGAUCAGAAUGUGUCAGCCAGAGGGCGGGGACAAGAGUAAAGGCACAUUGAUCGUAUGCGGAAACUAUACAGGCGAUAUACUGAAUGCGGGUCUGGCGAUCACAAGGGCGCAAGCAGCUGGUUACAAGGUUCACUUCACGCCCGUCGGAGACGACGUGGCAGUGGGGAGGAAGAAGGGAGGGAAAGUCGGGCGGAGAGGGUUGAGCGGGCAUUUGGUUGCGCUGAAGAGUGCCUGCGCGCUGGCGGAGAGAGGAGAAGAGUUGAAGCUGGUUGCGGAGGUCAUGGAGUAUGUUGCCGCCAACGUGGGUACCAUUGGAGUUGCGUUCGAUCGUGUCGCCUUACCAAAUGCGACAAUUACCGAUCUGCAGACGUUGCCACCCGCGACAGUUGAGCUCGGCAUGGGUGCUCAUGGUGAACCUGGCUUACAGCAGAUCUCCCCAAUACCGUCGCCGGAGAGCUUGACGUCCCAGAUGCUGGAUCUCUUGCUUGACGUGUCGGACCGUGAUCGGGCCUUCAUUCCUUUCUCAGCCUCAACACACCCAAAGAAGGACAAUGAGGUUGUAAUGCUACUCAACUCGCUUGGCAGCACGUCAGAUGAAGUCCUGGCCCGCUUUGCCGAGCUGGCAAAGGCUGAGCUGGAACAACGUGGCUUCACGGUGAGCAGACUGACACUGGGGCCGCUAGUCACUAGUCUAAAGAUGAGCGGUUUUGGUAUCACUGUCUGGCGACUGCCUCCUGAGACUGGUGAGACAAUGGAGAGAAAGACCGCACUGGAGCUCUGGGAUGAGCCCGUCAAUGUGGUUGCGUGGAGACAGUAG